AUGGCUGCGCAGCAGGCUCCGAACAUGCAGGGCAUGAGUUUCAACGCCGCGCCACCACCCCAGUUCGCCGUACCACCACCCCAGUUCGCCGCGCCACCACCCCAGUACGCCGCCACAGGGCCAUCCCCAGCGCCGAACAAUCCGAGAUGUUGCUGUGAUAAUAACAAGCGGUCCGCGCUGUACACGUGGCUCCCUUUCGGCCUCCGCAUCGGCAUCUUCCUCUUCUGCCUCGUCUCUUUCAGUCUGUCCUUCGCGACCAAGCAGGCGGUGACGGAGUACGCGGCGGGCGCGUUUCUGGUGGGAGUCACCAUUCUGGGGUUCAUCCUGGCGCUCAUGUUCUUCAUCUACAACGGCGUGCGCAUGUGCGUCGCGGGCUCCGAGGCGUACGACGCCGUCAUGGACCUCGUGCAAUUCUUCGAGACCUACGUGAGUCUCUCCACCCUCGCCAGCUACAUUAUGUCACUCCUUCUGUUCGCCGCCGCCACGUCCGCAGCAGCUGCGUGCAACACGUGGUGGAACGCCAGCGCCUUGAACAAUGCGGUGUCUGGCAAUUACAACGAGAGCGCAAUCAAGGCCAUGCUCGGUGCAUUUAGCUUGAGCACCACAGUCCCUGGACAACUGAGUUACGGAACUUAUCUCGAGCAAAUCGUGGACGAUGCGAAUGCGGAUCUGAGCAAGGUGCGUGGCGCAUGUGCCAUGGCGUAUUUCGCGGCCUUCAUCUACAUUGCCAUGUUCUGGCACUACACCAUCCGCAUCUACAAGCGUGGCAUGCUCAAGGCCAUUGCAGACGCCACUGUGCCGCCAGCAGGCAAGGCCAACGUGCCUCCUUACAACGUGUGA